AUGAAGCAAUGCAAGUUCUUGGUGAUUGCAGCGGCAGUCAGUGUGACUGCCAAGAAGUUGCAUCGUCAGGACCUCCUCCAUAAUGAAGCAAUUGGGCCUGGCUCUUUGGCCGGCCCCCUUCCCAAUGCUGAUGAUUUUGGCAUUGGCUCAACCGGUCUACUAACGUUGAACGCGACGAGACUUGCCAGUGCUACUUUUCUUGCCAGGGCUCCAUGCAGUACCUGUUGCAAGAAAGAUCCGGAUAGCCCGGAGGCGAUGCCAUUCUCGCCAGGACAGGUCAUCUCUACCUACUAUCGCGAGGAAGGCCUUCUGUCCAGGCGCAGCAGCAAGCUCGCAUCCGCAACAGUGGAGAAACUCCUUGGCAAGUCCAUUCAGGUGCAGCUCCUGUCUUCGAAGGAUGCCACCUUCGUACCCAAGCAGGCAGUGAGGGCCCACCUCCCGAUCGGCGAAGCGAAAUCUCCAGAUCCGCUUGAAGCGGUGGUGGUCAACAGCACGGAAGCCCAAACUACCGUGCGCUUCAAGAGCAAGUACGUCGGAGAGGUGACAGUACCCUCGUCGUGGGUGCAACCCAGCUGGGCCACGUCGUUCCAAUUUCUGCCGAUUGAGUGGGUAAAGACCGACCCGAAGGCAACGGAGGUAGACUGCUCCCCGGAGGAUUUCGAGGAGUGUAUCUCAAAGCCGGGCUGUAUGUGGAAGGAGCCCGAAUACAAGGACUUGGCUUGUGUGGUCGCAGACUGGGGCGAGUGGCAACCCUGCUCCGUGACAUGUGGCGUCGGGAAACAAAAGCGCUUCCGGCCUUUUCCGACACAGCGCAGCUGCCGCAAGCUGAAUCCACAACCUCUGGUCGCAGAAGACCGAUACUGCAUGAAGCCCGCCUGUCCUUUGGUCGCAGGCCAUUGCGAGGCUGCCAAACCAAACUCAACUGGCAGCGCCAUGCUGUGGCAAAGCAAAGCCAAGACAACCCUUCGCUCCACCAAGGAGCCCCGCAAAGCUCUUCGGUCUCCUCCGGCGACGGCUCGCGGAGCGCUCCUGGAGCUGCUAGGACUGACACAUGCGGGAGAAGAUCCGCUCCAGGCCGUCCAGGGAGAGCUCCAGAACAUCAUAGACAAGCAGGCAACUGCCGACGAGGAGGUGAAGAAGAUGACGAAGCCCGCGAAGACCACAGGCCCGUCGCCUAUUCACGAGCAUCCACUCUACAGUGAGGAGGAGACGAUUAUCGCUUGGGCCGAGAAGGGCACGGGCUUGGGACCCGAAUGUCCCGAGUCCUACUUUGCGUUUCAAGUCGACAUCGACGUGGAGACUUCCACCAUCUCCGCAGCGUGCAAUCCCUGCGCGGCAGGUUGUCUCCACUGCUCUGGCCCAUCCGCAGAUCAGUGCCGUGCUUGUCCUUCGCCCUUGAGGCUCUUCACUCACAUCGAUGGCCGAUCGGUUUGUGUCGAGGGCUGUCCGGAGUGCUUCAAGCCCAACGACGACGAUGGCACGUGCACCUUCGACGGCAGCCAGUACGGCUGCGACCAUGUGGCCGCCUUCCACCCCGAGGUGAUGCCCGAGCACCGCGGAGAACCGGACUCCUGUCAGGCUCUAAAGAGCGACGAGGACGAAGAGGAGGACGACUCCUUCGACUCGGUGGACUUGUUCCUGUUGCGGAAAAGGAAGCGCGCACUUCUCGCCAAGUCUCCCGCUCAUCCCACGAUGGAGGCACUCGCAGGAGAGCAAGGAGACAUAGAGCAGAAGAAGCAGCUAAAGAAGCAGAUCAUGGAGUGGAUUGAGACAAAGCAGUUGCCAGAUACACUUGACCAGAUCUCACAGUACGGCGAUGCGGCUUUCGAGAGCCUUGGCCGAGAGCUGUUAAAGCAUCCGGAGCUCGCCCAGCCAUUGGCAUUGGCACUUGGCCACGAGGACUCCGAAACAGAACCGCCACAUGGCCAUGAUGACCCAGUUUCCUCGCAAGACGACGCAUCUACGUCACCUCAGCCCUUGGCCGAAGUCGUUGACUACGAGUCCUCCGAAGAACCCUCGUCGGACCAGGCUGAGGACUCGGCAACCUCUCUUCGGAUAUGGGGCCGGAGUGUCCAAGCAAGCCUCGUCCAGCAGCGCGAUAAGAGCCGACUCGCUCUGUGGAACCACACGCAGAUGCAGGUGCCACUUUUUAGCGAGGUGCUGAACAUCGUGAUGAAGUCCAUGGGCAAGGUGACGGCUGAGCUCCUUCAACAGGGACAAAGAGAAAGCUCGGAGAAGCAUGCAGUGCUCAUGCAGGAUGCAGGGAGUGAGGCCAGCGAGAUGCAGCGUCGCGCACGGGUUAUGGCCAGCAAGCUCGAGACAGAGUGCCACCGGAUGCUGCACUAUGAAUUGCUGGCCUUCGCUUUGACAAAGCACGAGAAAGAAAGACUCCUUGAGCUGAGCACCGGAAUGGUGCAAAGCCUGUACCGACAAGGGCAUUUGGGGCAGCUGGCACAGAUCGCAUCGGAGGCUUCCGGAGCGGCAAGACAGGUACUGAGCAUCCAUGCGGACCAUGCCAGCAACUCCAAGAGGAUCCAGACCAGUGGGGCCGUCUCGCUCCUGGUUUCCUCUGCACGGCAUUCCCUGCGCUCGCACCUGCAAGCGGCUAUCGACGAUGGAGCUGUGGCCCUCAGCAUGACUGCCGAAGAGAAGGCAGACGUGGCUGAGCGACUUCAGCACGAAGCACAGAGGAAGCUCCUGCUGGUGAGUAGGCGUUCCGUGGCGAAGAUCGUGCAGCGGAUGUCAGAAGACCUCGACGCCGAGAAAGACGAGCUUAUAGAGCAGUUUAUGCUUGCACCUCGAGCCAUUCUCGCGACGGAGCUUGGGAAGCUUACAUCCAGCACCCUCUCAUUCGCCGGAAUCAAGGUGGAAGAGAAGCUCAAGGUGACUUCGAUGGGAACGCCACUGGCGAAAAAAGAAGCACAAAGCGCCAUCAGAGAGGUCCAGAAGCACUUGGAUUCAUCGGCAGUUCAUGCAAUAGAAGCAGUCUCGGCUGCUGCUGAUGAAGCUGCCGCAACCAUCAAGGCUCACAUGAAGAAAUCAGCUGGGACGGCCCUGAUGCAGUUGAGGACGGGCGACUGGCAAGCUGCGAUGGCCGGGAUCAUUGCUGAGGCAAAGACUUCCUUGGCGGAAAAGGUGAUCUCUACCCGUAUGUCCGCCAGCUUGAAGGACUUCGUUGCCAGGGUUUCGGACCGGCUCCAGUCCGUGACGCUGUCUCCUGUCUCGGCGGACACAGCACCCGCCGUGGCUGCAGUGGAAACUGCGGCAAGGGCGACUGUGAGGGAGGCUCUGGAGGCCACUCACAGCCACUUGGGGUCUGGGAUGUCAGCGCUUUCCCAGAAUGUCCAGAUGCUCAUCCGGAAGAAGUGCCAUGCCGCCGGAAAUCUGAGCAACAUCAACGCGGAGUUCCAGAGCUUUGAUCUGGCGCCACAGGAUGAUCUGGUGCUUCAGUCGCUGCACGAAGAACUUCAACGCCACCUACAGGGGGCGGCUCGAAGGGGGGAGCAGAAAGCCAAGGACGCCUACCUCGAUGCCCAAAGCGCCGCCGAUCCCUGCCCGAGCCUUUGCGCGCGCUCUGCGAACGACCUCGCCGAGUUCCUUUCAGAUCUGGGAACGCAUGCCUUGAGCCAGAUGGAGGGCAUGCAAAGCUGGAAGCAAGGGCGCCUUCGCGCCAAGGGCGACGCGCUGAUGUUCAGCGUCUCCGAGGCAGCAGCGGCCAGCACACAGCGGCAUUGCGCCCGCGGGGACUCCAUCAAAACCAUCGUUGAGGCAGUGAAGUCCGACAUGGGCAAGGAAGCCGCUCAAGCGAAGCGCGAUUGGCAAUCGCACCUGGAGGCUUUGGUGACGGCCAACGAGACUGGCAUCACUUCCCGGGACCAGCAAAAGGCUUUGUCCUGGUUCGACAAAGACUUCCUUGGACCGCUGGAGGAAUCGCUUGCCUCCUUUCUGGGGCAACGCCACAUGCCUUGCUCAGCUUCCGACGAUGGCAUCUCUUCCAAGAAUCGCGCAAGCAUCCUCUAUCGAUCUGCGGUGAGACGCCUCUUCCGCGAAGCGAGUAUCAAGCUGGCCAGCAAGGUGUCCGAAGAUGCCCAGGACCUGAACAAUAUUCUCUUGCGGGCGUUCUACCCGACGUCCGGGCCUGACGGCACGGAAAUCCCACAGGGCAGUGAUUCGGGGUCGUACCCCAACGGCAUCAUUCUCCUCGAGGAGGGGGACGAGGUCACUCGAAGUGGUACCGGCCUGGACCUUGCUGAGACGGAAGCCAUUCUUGAUCGAGGCUUCGCAGAGCUUCAGCUCUUCAGCGCCGACUUCUUGAGAAAGGGCUGGAAGGGUCCCACAAAGACGAUGACGGACAGCAGCUUCUACAAAAACCGACACAAGGAGGACCAAGUCUUCCUGGACAUGGCCAUGAUCCGAGCGCAGGAGAAUGCGGCGAACCAAGCGAUUGCGAUGCUGUAUGGAGAUGGAACUUUGGGGAAUCCCUUGUGCCCCGGCGCAACCACAUUGGCGAGUGACUUGGAUCUUGCCUAUGAGCAGGCAACGACUCUACGAGAUGGAAAUAUUUUUGGCACCUUCCUUGAUGCAGGCAAGUUGCUUGGCAAGCUUUUCCGUGGCAGCAAGGAGACACAUCAGUUCAUCACCAAUCUGUACGACACCGCAUGGUUCUUCAAGCACCUUCUGUCGCUGAUCUCCAACCUGCCUAUCGUCGGAUGGGUUGCGAAGAUCUUAGUAGAGCCUGUGAAGAUCCUCGAGAAGUUUAUCAAGACGAAACUCCUGGGGAUUCGAGACAAGCUUAAAGACAAAUGGCAAGGCAUCUUCAAGGACGCCUUCUUCUACAAUGCAAAGGUGGCGAGGUACGUCCGCUAUGCUAUCGAAGCCAUACCCGUCCUGAAGAUGCAGGCCUACCCUGCGAACAAGGCUGCUGAAUUGGUUGGUCUAGCAAUGGGUGUAUGUGUGUGGCUGCCGGAUUUGACGACCAUCGCCAACAAUGCCAUGAAGGGGUUGGUCGCCGCUGAUCAAAUGGCAGGCAUAGCCACGGACUUCGUUAGGGACAUCAUAAACUGGGUCGAAGGCUUAGUCCCGGAAUCUGUGAUCACGAAGAUGGCGCAAGUGAACAACUUCUUCGAUGUCAUCAUGACGCCGACAAGGGGCUUCAAGGUUGCCCUCUUUGACAACCACAAAGUAUGUAUCAUCUUCAAGUGUUUCGAGUUCUCUUUGCGUGACCUCCUGGCAGCUCUUACGGGGUUUCUCGAGAAGAUCUUCAACUUUGUCUUAAGUCCCUUCCGGCCGAUCGUGGAUGCAGUGGCCGCCCCCAUCAAGAAGCUCUUCGACCCUAUUAUAAAAAUGCUGCCCACCCCCGCGAUCUUCUUUGACAAGGUGAAGGAAAUCCACAAAGAUGACAAGAGCCUUUCAAGCUUUGUCGGCGAGGCUUUCUCCGAGAACUCGGCCACCACCUUCCUGGGACAAAUUGAGAAGGCUUACGAGUUGACAAAAGAGCAGGCAGGAUUCUGCUUCUCCUACGGAACUGAGCUUCCGGAGGCCCGAGCGAUCUGCAAGGAUAUCACCGAGCGCUAUGGAGAGGUCAGCAAUCCGUUCGAAUGCCAGAAGUUGUGCCAAAGCGCCUGCGGGCGCUGCGUCCGUUGGUCUUUCGUCAUCACCAACGAAGAGCGGAAGCGUGGAAGAUGCCGCUUUACCAGGAACGAUGGCUUCUAUGAGAUCAAGAGCCCCUCCUCGGUGAGUGGACCGAAGUCAUGUGGAGACAUCACCAAGUAUCAGCCAGACACUUGGCAAGAACACUCUCAACCCAAACUUUGCAAAGACAUGGGAGCUUUUCCGGAGAUGAAAGAUCCAGAGACUUGCAAGAAGGCGUGCUUUGUGGAUGCAGAUUGCAAAGUGGCGCAGAUGUCCGGCGGCAUUUGCUGGACCGGAAUCGGCAAGGACACCUGCAGCAAAGGCCCGACCAGCAUGUCUCUACACAAAACGAGAACUGCAAAAGAAGCGCUCCAGACAAGGUGCAAUGCCGCCGGCGGUGUGCAGAGGGCCAAAGACUCGAAGAUGGCGCUGUGCCCGCGAGACGUGGAGGAUUGCGAUGUCUGGGCUCUCGAAGAGGCCACAAAGCAUGUGCAUGGAUCCGGCUCGGAGGUCUUCCAGGAAGCCAUGGCAUUGACGGGAACCUCGUGGAAUCAGUUCACCUGCGAACUCUUGGACAUCGAUGUGGACUGUCCCGACGUGAACAAGGGAGACAAGGUGGACAAUUUCGACAUUUGCAAAGAACAAGGCGACACUUUGUACACGGAGGAAAAGAUCCAGGAACUGGCCGAUUCGGAGGUGGUGGAGCAACUCUCCAAGUGUCGGGCGGGGGCUGGUGCGGUUCUGGAGAAGAACUGCAAGCUAGCAGGAAAGAUGACCGGGAAGGUCGUGAAGAAGUUUGGAGACCUCUGGAGGAAGAUGUAUUGCCCCAACAAGCAGUUGUCUGACGUCGAGAAAUGCGAUUGGCUGAUCGACCGCCUCGGUACCUUCCAGGGUGCAACAAAGACAACCAGUGCCUUGCGGGCAGAGAUUGUUGCCUCCUAUGUUCCGUCAGAGCAGUGCGCCAAGGCUGCCGGUGAUCAGUGGCUAUGUGAGCUCAAGUUUCUCAACGAAGGAGGUGGCGAAACGAAGCAGAUGGAUCUGACAAACCAGAUCCAGCUGCAAAACAUGUACCAGGCGAAGCAAUUCGACAUGCUGGCCGCCGAAAACCAGAAGGUUCAGGGAGAGUUGGCCGAGAUCCAGAGCAUGAUGGACGAGGGCUUUGCCAAAACGCAGGAGCAGCUCUUCGCUAUGGAUGCGGCUGCUGCCAACCGCACUGGCGAGCAGACCAAGCAGAUCUUCGAGAAGAUCGAUGCAUCCCAGAAGGAGCAGAACGCCCGGCUGGCUUACAUGAUGCAAGCCGCGCAGUGCGACAACAAGCUUCAGACCAAGGAGUUGAAGGACUUCGUUUCCAACGGCCUCGACAACUUGCAGAACGCUGUGCUCAGUGGAACAGGACAGCAAAUUGACGCAGCCGUCUCGAAGAUGCAGGAUGCCAUGGCCAAGAGUCAGCGGGCCAUCCAGACACAAAUGGCCGAAGGAUUCAGCGAUGUAAAGCAAACAGUUACGGAAGGCUUCGACAAAAUGCAGAAGAAGCUGGAUGCAAACAGGAAAGCUGUCCAGGAACAGCUGACACAGCGUUUCAACAAAGUCGACCAGCAUCUUGUGAAAGUGCAAGGACAACUCGACGUGGCACUGAAGAACAUCGACGUCGUCGAUAACAGGAUCAAGGAUCUGGCAAAGCAGAGCAGCAGGCAGUUUGAGGAGCUCAGGCACGGACAGCAAAGGCAAAUGACCGCUCUCUUGGCGGUCGUCCAGAAGCUCGAGGUCUUGGAAGAGAAGAUCGACGACAUACCAGUGGCUGUCAGAGAAUCCCGCUUUCAGGACUUCAUCUAUGAGUUUGAGAAGCUGUCGUUGGCGCUCAUGGACCUCUUCAAGCAGGUCGAGGAUUUCUCAGCCAAGAGGCGCGUGGAUCUGGAGCACAUGAAGACUACCCAACUCUCUUACCAGUCUUGCGGUAGCCAGAUCGAAGAUGUGAUCCAGGCGACAAAGGCGGUGAAGGAGUCCUCUGCUCAAGCCGUGGCGCUGCUUCAGAAGUCAUUCAAAGAGGCCGUUAUGCGGUUUGCAGAAAUCACGAUCCUGGCCGUGGAUAGCGGCUUCUCCAAGAUGCACUUCGAUGCGUUGGCAGAGCAGAUCGCCGAGGACUUGCGAGCAAACGAGUCCGAAAAGGACCUCUUCCUGAGUCAUGAGAGUCUGAAAAGUGUCAUUGUCGCAGAUCAGGAGGUUCUGCACGGAGCGGAUGUCACGGAGAAGUGCGCCGCAGCCUGCAAGCCUCACGAUGUCAUCAAUCUCCGACCGUGCCAAUGUUCGGAUGGCCGACACCCCUUGCGGCAGGUGUCGGGCAAGUAUCUUUUCACACCUGUCGCAGCCGAGAUGCUGUUGGAUUGGGCGAAGGCCGCGCUCGACGAUGUCCCACUCAAGUUCUCGAUCAGCCUCAAGGAUCUCUACAUGCAGAUCUCCUACAUGCAUCGCAAGUUCGCAUCCUGGGGCUUAGAGUCACCCGACGAGCAUAAGCAGUUCAACGCUGAUUGGGAAAGGAUGGCCUUUGACUUCGAGAACAUCCGCAAGAGCUAUGCGAUGGUGGACUCCACGGAGCGGGCCGUCGUGGGAAAGUUGCAGCUCUCCAGCCGGCUAUUGGAUGCCAUGGCCACCACGUGGAGCCCGGCGCCCUUGGAGUGUCAGAAGCCUGCGCUGAUGGACUUGGGUGAGUCGGAGCUCUCCAGGCUGGUGCUCUGGAGCCCCCUAAAGCCGAAAGAAGGAACAGCGGCAUGGCUCAUUUUGCGCCAGCCUUCCCGCCUCUUGCACACCUCAGCACUCUCCUGGGUGCACGAUGCCGCCGUCACGGACUGUCGGUCCAUUCCAGACGGCUAUGGGAACAUUGAGGGCCUGAUGCAGAGUGGCUUCAUCUGCUGGAGAGACAUCAACGGUGUUGCGAAGGUUCGCUCUAUGUGUGACCCACAGGGCGUUGCCGAUGUCGUCGACGAGAGUGCGCUGAAAUGGGUCUCUGAAGAGAAGUUUGCGCAAUACGGCGCCCAGCAUGCUCUUCUUACCCCGAUCGCCACUUCCAAGAUCCGAACCACACCCUUCAAGGCCGAGGUGUUGUCGUAUUGGGAGAGGCAGGUGUCGUUCAUCGUCGCCGCAAGCUGUGGCAAUGGCAAGCUUGACAUGACCGAGGAGUGCGAUUCACCCGGUGAGGGCUGCAAGAAGUGCAAGCUGGUCCCCGGAUAUGAAUGCCCCGUGCCUGGCGAACCGUGCCAAGCCGUGUGCGGUGACCACAAAGCUGUUAAAAUGGAAGAUUGUGACGAAGCCGACAGCGACAAAAACGACGGCUGUACGCCUUCUUGCCAGCUCGAGUUCUGCCCUCGGAAGGCGCUGAGUCUGCCAAUCACCCAUGCCGCCCGAGAGCUGCCAGAUCCUUCCCCUGACUUGGAGCUUUGCGGAAGUCAAGCCCGAGGAAGCCCCGGCUCUUUGGAGAAGUGCAGCGAGUUCACCGAGCUGGUCUUUGCUGGCUUCAGCUUAGACGGCCAUUGGGUUCGCCACGAUGUCCGGCUCGAUGAAACAAUCGGAAGUGCUGGAGCGGGUCCGUGGGAUACAAAGGCCACAGGGUGGAAGACGCUUGGAGCACCGUACAAGAUCUGGAAUGACGGCGAGUCAUUAGCGGUCACUUGCAAGGGUGCUGACACGAUGACGGGAUGCCUCUUCUGGUGCAUGGCUCUCAGCAACUCCUCCGAGUGCCUCCGACCUUGGCUCGUGCAGACGAACGCUAACUCUGACCAGGACGUGCAUGCAGAGAAGUUGCUGAUCUAUGGGCGCAAGUCCACUGACUCAACCGAUUUGCAGACAUGCACCGACGGCGGAGCGCAACUUGUUACCAUGCAAUGUGGUGACGAGCUCAUCACCGGAAACGAAGAGUGCGACCCUCCGGGCGGCUGCUGCGAUCCCAAGUGCAAGCUUAUUCCCGGAUUUCAGUGGCAAGACACGGAUGGCUGCCGGGCCAUUUGUGGCGAUGGUGUGGUCCUGGGCAAGGAGGAGUGCGAUCCUCCUGGCGACGGGUGCAACGAGGAAUGUCGCUUGAAGGAAGGGUGGAAGUGGUUGCAGAACAAGGCCGUGCCGAUUUGCGGAGACAGCCUGCUCGUCGGGAAAGAGCAGUGCGAUCCCCCGGGAUCUGACUGUUGCAAUCCUAUUUGCGACCUCCUAGACGGAUGGAAGUGGGAAGAUGGCUGCAAGGCGAUUUGCGGCGAUGGGGUGGUGCUUGGAAAGGAGGAGUGCGAUCCUCCCGGAGAGGGGUGCACCGACGAGUGCAGGCUCAAGGAAGGAUGGGAGUGGGUGCCAUUGGAGAAGAAAGCUGCUUCCAUCUGCGGUGAUGGUCUGGUGGUCGGAAAAGAGCAAUGCGACCAGGGGGAGUGUUGCGCCGACAACUGCACGCUGCUGAAAGGAUGGCAGUGGGAAAGCGGCUGCAAGCCCAUUUGUGGCGAUGAGGAGGUGGUUGGGGAUGAAGAGUGCGAUCCUCCCGGGAUGGACUGCACCGCAGAUUGCAAGAAAAGAGUCGAUCUAUUAGCCGGCUUAGAGUGCGACUACUUCUAUGACAAGAGCCAGUGCCGCCUUCCGGACCUGAGUGCCCUGACACCGGUUCAUCGUGAGAUCGUGCCGGAGAUCUACAUGUCCGGCGGCAAGUUCCCCAAGAUACGUCAGCUGGAUCAGUUCUGUGUCAGGUGCACUGGUCUUCUGGUCACGAAGAAGGAGGGCAACUACAAGUUCUUUCUCGCCUCAGAUGAUGGCUCUCUCAUGUGGCUGAACGGAGAGCAGGUCGUCGACAACAACGAUUGCCAUGGAGAAACGGAGAAGGGAAGCAGCGACAAGUUCCUGAAGCCAGGUGCCCAUGAGAUCAGGGUAGAGAUGUGCGAGAACCACGGCGCCGAAGUCUUCAAGAUGCGCUACCAGGGUCCGGAUACCGGCAACUCCAAGGUGAAGGUCCCCGCUGCAGUCCUCAAGCACGAGAAGAAGUUGGUGCCCUGGUUCAUGGGCAACAGUGGGGAAACCUGCGACUCGGUGUGCGAGCGCAACUCCUACGAGCAAUGCGAUAAGGAGCAGAUGGUGGCCCUCUCCAGCAACGAGAAAGUCUCAGCGGCCUUCCGCGAAGUGGGCUACCACUGCAAGGGCUACCAUGGAGCCCGAAAUUAUCCUGGCAGCCCUUUCUCCACGGGCAGAAACGACGACUGCGCGCCAGUUACUCCCGAAACCAGUCCGAGCUCAUUGAGUUGCGACAGGAACCAAGGUGGCGGCAAGCCGCUUUGUGCCUGCAAAGAAAAGAAGGACAGAGUGUGGUUCCAGGCAGACUUCGCUCAGCCGUGCAACGACGUGUGCAAAGCCAACGGCUUCCGCAGCUGCGACAAGCAGAAAAUGGCUGCGCUCAAUUCCAACGAUAAGGUCAAGGCGGCUUUUGCAAAAGUCGGCCACGUCUGCAAGAGUUUCCAUGCAUCGCGGAACUAUCCCGGUGCCCCAUUCAUCACAGGCCGCAAAAAUGAUGAUUGCACGCCAGUAACUUCCGGAACAUCCGCGAGUGCCUUGAGCUGCUCCAAAGUCCGACAUUCCAACACAGCGCCGCUCUGUGCGUGCAAGGACAAGGUGAAGGUGAACUGGAAGCUUGCGUUGAAGGUUGGCGAGACGAAGACGCUGGGAUUCUCCAGCCCACUCUGGACCAACACAGCCUUGCUCAACGAAGCAUCGCCUGUGGACACCAUUGAGGAUGCCAAGUACAAGGAAUUCAACACGGAGCCUUUCGAGCGGAUCCGCAUGUGCGUUGGGAGCCCGGAGUCUAACUGCGUGGUGCACGACUUCUCCAGAAGGUACAGCAGUGCCAGGGCCCUCUUCAAUGCCGGUUACAUCCGAGACGAAAGCGUGGACAAAGAUGGCAUCCUGAGCAGCUUCGGGCCGGUGCAAGGCUCCUACCGAGAUUGCCCGAUGCAGAGGCCUGGCUUCAACAUCGAGUGCAAAGAUGGCAACAAAGCUCGGUGGGGUUUCUGUGCGAACUGCCCAAGCCAGGCGUGCCAAAGCGCUGACAGCAACGAUGCGGACGCUGCCAUCGGAAUUGGAAUCGCGGGGCAGUCCACGGACACGGAGCUUGGAGCAGGUUGGACGGCGUACUUCGCUUCAGGGGCAGGCACGUGCGCUGCCAACAGCAAGACCUUCAAGCCCGUGUGGCUUUGGGUCAACAGUCUCAAAGACGGCUGUGGUUCCAUCACUGGCUCGUCUGGAUUGGGGAUCGGAUGGAAUGCCAUCACAACGAUGAAGGAAGGAAUCUUGGUGAAUCCAGGCCAGCGUGACUACAAGCUCCAAAACGUCCCCUCCGUGCUCGAUGGUGGCAAGUACAGUGGUAGCAAGACUUGGCCGUCUGCGGGGACAUGGACAAUCUCCUAUGAAGCACCAGUAACUCUCUACGUGUGGGUCAUGAAGCAUCACUACAAUGCCGGCGUGGAUGCCGCACUCAGCGGCGACGGCUGGGAGCAAGUGGAUGCGGGCGACUUCAAGAGAAGUGACAACCAUGUGCUCAAUGUUUGGAAACGUUCGUUUUCCACUGGCAGUCAAUACCAGAUCAAGACCACUGGGCUCAUGGUCGGAGGUGUUGUGUCCAAUGGCUGCCAGGCAGCCGUCGUGAAGGAGGGGUUGAAAUGUGGCUACUUCUACGACAAGUCUCAGUGCCGAGUUCCUGACCUCUCUGAUUGGACGCCAGCCCACGAAGUGGUUGUGCCCAAGAUCUUCAUGGAGCAUGGCAAAUUCCCCGAAGUCCGGCAAGGCGAUCAAUUCUGCAUCAGGUGCACAGGCCAGCUGGUCACGAAACAAGAGGGCAACUACAAGUUCUUCCUCAGUUCGGACGAUGGCUCCUUCAUGUGGCUGAACGGCGAGAAAGUCGUCGACAACAAUGAUUGCCACGGAGAAAGGGAGCGGGGCAGCAGCGACAAGUUCCUGUUGCCGGGUGUCCACGACUUGGCCGUGGACAUGUGCGAGAUGUACGGUGGCGAAGUCUUGAAGAUGCGGUACCAGGGUCCGGACACUGGCAACUCCAAGAUCACCAUCCCGGAAAAAGCUCUCCAGUACGUGGUUGCAGCCGAAGACAAGGCUGUUCUCGAGGACGGCUUAGAGUGCGACUACUACUACGAUCAGUCCCAGUGCCGCGUGCCCAACCUGGGAGCCCUGAACGCGGCCCAUCGUGAGAUCGUGCCCGAGAUCUACAUGUCGAAUGGGCAGUUCCCCAACCUACGCAAGCGGGAUCAAUUCUGCAUGAGGUGCACAGGCCUUCUGGUCACGAAGAAAGAGGGCAACUACAAGUUCUUCCUCUCCUCAGAUGAUGGCUCCUUCAUGUGGCUGGACGGGGAGAAAAUCGUCGACAACAACGAUUGCCACGGAGAAAGGGAGAGAGGCAGCAGCGACAAGUUCCUGAAGCCAGGUGCCCAUGGGAUCAAGGUGGAGAUGUGUGAGAUGUACGGUGGCGAAGUCUUCAAGAUGCGCUACCAGGGUCCGGAUACCGGCAACUCCAAGGUGAAGGUCCCGGCUGCAGUCCUCAAGCACGAGAAGGCCGAGGAGGCGUGGCUGAUGGGUGGAAAUGGAGACACCUGCGACAAGGUGUGCUCCACGAAUGGUUUCGAAGGAUGUGACAAGACCAAGAUGGUUGCCCUAACCAGCAACGAGAAGGUGGGCGCUGCCUUCAAGGAGGCUGGCUACACUUGCCGAGGCUUUCAUGGAGCUCGCAACUAUGCAGGCACGCCUUUCUCUACGAGCAGAAACGACGACUGCGCGCCAGUGACCGCCGGGACCAGCGCCAGCGCUUUGAGCUGCGAUAAAAACAACCACGGCCACCAUAAGCCUCUCUGCGCAUGCAAGGGGAGGAAGGCGGGUGGCGGCGGCCCGGUGGUAUUCAAGCAUGACGGAGAGUUCAACUGUGGAAGCUGCCAGUUGCAGAGCCAGGGCUCUUCGGCGGAUCUUCCCAGCACGGGGCCCUUCACUCUCUUCGUUGAGAUAAAUCCUUCGUCCGGCGGCCACCCCGGUCUGCUUGGCUGGGGCGGAACGUCUGACAACUACGUCGCGUUGCGCCUGUAUCCAGGACACAACAACGGCGGCUUGCACCUGUACUGGAAGGCGAAUGGCCACUUUACGGAGCUUGCCGCCGACUCACCUGGCCUCCUGAAUAGCGGCUGGAAGAAGGUGGCUGCCACCUGGGACAAAAACACCAUCAGGCUCUACGUGAACGGCAAUGAAGUGAGAAGCAAAGGUUACAGCGGCGCUUUCAAUGCUGCGGACAAGACCAACUUCUGUGCUUGUGUCGGCCAACCGGGGCGAACGCACGAGGCUUUCAAAGGCAAACUGCGGAACGUGAGGAUCAUGAACAAGGCGCUCAGCGCGAGCGAAGUCAAGAACUUGCCAUAG